GGCUGAGCCCCGAGGAGAGAAGCGCCCCGGCCUCGGCGGGCGGCCGCUCUUACUUGAGGCGCCUCCCUUCAUUCCGCCGGCUCGGAACUUCGCACCGGGAAUGGCUCAGGGGGACACCAGAAGGGGCUGCACUUCCCGACGCCGCUCUUUUAAGCGCUCCCGGAAGCUGGCCGAUCACCCGAUCCGCCCGCGCGCGCCUCGGAUUUCCGGAUCAUUUCGUCCCGCCCCGCUCGCGCGGAUUGGUUUUCCGGUGGUGGAAGCUUGCGCGAGCGGGACGCAGCGCUUUCUGCUACGUCGAACCAAUAGGAGAGAGCGCUCGAUGGCGCGCGUGCGCCUUACGAGUCCGCUCGGUGUCCUUGUGAGGCUCCGGCUGCGGACCCUGAGCAGGCAAAGAUGUUAGCGGCCGCGCUGGGGCUGGCUCGGGCCGGCCUGAGAGGUGAGCCUGCGACUUGGCGGGGUCUGUUGGGAGAAGGAGACUGAGGGCUUCCAGUCUGGAGGGGCUGUGGCCGUUGCUGGUGAGGGGACGCUGGGGGUUUGUCUGCAGAGGGCAUAGCCUUCUUUCCUCCCUCCUUCCUAAAGGAUCCUGGGAGCUGUAGUUCCGUCAGGAGGGGGCCGGGUUCUGCAAGGGUGUUCUCAGCUCUCUCACAAAACCACAGUUCCCAGAAUGCUUUUGAGUGCGCCAUGAUGGGGAGAGCGAUGCUAAACAGUUGGCGUUUUGUCCAUCGAUUCACCGGCUCCUGCUGUCUCCGCCGCCACCGCACACUUUGCUCCUCGAAAUCCUGGUUUAGCUUAUGCCAAAUAAAUGGACAAACCACAAAACGAGCACACGGGUCAAUACUUACCGAGCUAGAUGGGUCAGUUAUCGGUCUUGGCCCGAGGCAGUUCCUUGCUGGGUUUUUGGUUUUAAACUUACCAACAGCAUCUGGAGGGACACUGGUAACUGCAGUUGAUCCCCUGUUUUUUAAAACAGUUCUCAGUGUGAGUUCACAGUGCAGUCCUUGGUUUUCUACAAGCGUAAGGAGAACCCUGCUGGAUCAGUCCGAAGCCCCAACUAUAGUUCAGCAUUCUGUUCUCACAGUGGUCAGCCAAAUGCCUAUAGAAACCCUGCAAGCAUUUGACAACAAUUGCAGUUACCAGUAAUUAGUGCUCCACUUAAAAAAAAAUGCACAGAAGAGAUCUAUAUGAAAUCCACACGUGCUGUCAUCACACAAUAAAAUGGUUUUUAAACCAUUUAAAAAUAAUUCUUAAGGGUGGUAUAAAAAUAUAAGAAAUAAAAAUAAAAUAAGGUAUUUCCAUUUAUUUCUUAUAUAUUUAUACCACCCUUAAUCAAAAGAUGAAAAGAUCUUACGUAUAGGUGUUAGUAAAAUGUGGAGCAGGCCUGAUAAAGGUGUUUCUAAGUAUUGUUUUGGGCCUUGAGUUUGUGUAUCCUAGUCAGCAGCUUCCUGCUGAGCAGAACAGUAGACUUCAAUCUUUUCAGACCUAGGAACCACUUUUAACCCAAACAGUCAUUUGGGGACCAUUUCUUAAUCUUUUACUAUAUAUUUGCAUGGUGGUAGUGCUCCUAUUGCAAUAUACUUCAGAUUAGUCCACCAGUUGAAGACCAGUGCUGUAGAUGCUAUGUUUCAGCACUCCAUUCUAAACUAGAUUAUCUUGACUGCAAUCCUACUCACAAUGGUCUGCUUAAAGACCUUUAAUUCCAUGUUUAUUACUGCUUGCAGAAAUGUAUAUUAAUGCACCAUCUUGCUUUUAUUAUUUCUACAUUUUUAUGGUAUAUUUGAAGCUACUUCUUUGUGGAGAUCAGUAGAUGCUAUGGCUGUAAAUAAUGGCGAUUUAACACUUUCCCCACUCUCUUUAUAGUUACUGGGCGAUCUGCAAUACUACUGCAAGCUCGGUUUGAAGGGAAUACUGCUGUGACUCAACGUAAGUCUGACUUGCUUAGUGUUUGAUCAACUCAUCCUUUACUUUGCAUUACAAUAAGUACAGUUUUGUUAAAUGAAAACUAUGUACCACCUGAUUGUAAUCGGAUGAAGUUUGAUGUUAAAAAGGACAUGUGCAAAUGACUUCAUCUCAUUCAUUCUUAAGUUCCUGGUAAACUUAAUAUUUAUAGAGGCUCCCUGAUUUCUGAGACAAUGCUAUCUGUUUUGUGGACACUGAAUGCUUACUAGGAAUUAUAUUAUCUGCCAGGCAUGCACUAAUCUGCUAUAGACUUUGAAUAAUUAUGUUUCCUAUUGUGCUGAUUGGCCCACUCCCCCCCAAAAAAGAACCCCCCACACAGCAGAAAAGUUAAUGGUACAAUAGGUAUAUCUGACCAUGUUGACCAAUGUUGAACUGCUCCCAUCCCUGUGGUAGCAGUUGGAAUAACAUUGAGCUGGCUUUGGCUAUGAGCUGGUGCUGUUCUUUUUAGAAUUCACCACUGUAAACUUUCUUUUCAGCUACUGUUAGACCAAAGGAUGAAGUGACACAAAAGCAGCUGUGUGCUUUUGGAGAAUAUGUGGCUGAAAUUCUGCCCAAGUACGUUCAACAAGUCCAGGUGGGUUCCAUCAACUGUAUCAUUCUCUCUUGAAACUGUAAUAGGCAGUACUAAGCCUUUUCUGAAAGCUAAUGAGUGCUACAAGGAGCUGGAAAGGUAUACAGUUGUUCCUUGGUCUGCUGUUAUACAGCCUGAACUGCUUACAGUUUUCAACACAUCUAUUUGGCAGUCAUUUCAUUGGUUUUAAUGAGAUUUCUAUCUAAGUAUGUGUGCUUAGAAUUUGGAUGAAGUUGAUCCAUACAAAAUUUUACUAUUUCUCAUUUUAACAGGUAACAUGUUUCAAUGAGCUAGAAAUCUUAAUUCAUCCAGAUGGGAUCAUUCCAGUUUUGACCUUUCUUAAAGAUCACACUAACGCCCAGUUCAAAAACUUAGCUGAUCUGACGGCAAUCGAUGUUCCAUCUCGACAGAACCGCUUUGAGGUAGGAGCUGCUCUUCAAGCUAUGCUACAAAGAAGAUUCUAAGGAAGACACAGUCUUCCAAAAAAAUCACAUGGCUAAACAAGAAUGUGAGAGUAUCCUAGUUUCCCCCCAUGUUGGUGCCCCAGCCCUCAGUUUUGCUGACUGCCUUGGCUUUAUGCUCACUGACUAAUAGUAUAUUAUUUCUGGGUUACUUUCUCAGUUUUUGUUCUGCUGAUCUAUGUAGUCGCUGAUCUAGAAAUGGUGGUUGUGCUUAACAGUGUGAUGUUAGUGACAUUUGUUUUGGGAGAGAAUUCUGUUUCUUAAACAGCUAAUUGACCUGCUUAGUCAUCAAGCAUUGUCUUGGGAAGCAGCAGCACCUUUUUCUAGAAGGGGUUACUUAUAAAUAUACCUGAAUAUAUAUUAGUUUGACAGAAGGGAAGCUAUAAUUUGCUUCUUAGUAACAGCAGCUGACAGCUCUGUACAGAGUUAUAACAGAGUUAUAACUUCUUUUUUCUUUGCCUUGACCAUGUUAAAAUAUACACACAUAUAUAAAUGUCUCCAUAGAUUGACCUAAAUAUAGCAAUUCAAAUUCUUCUCUAGCUCAAAUUAGUUUAAAUUGUGUUUCAUCAGUGUAAUACAAUAUCCGACUGAACAAAAUGUAUUUAAAUUUGUAUCACAUUUCAUCUAUGUUGUGGGUGUGUAGUACUUCUGGCCACAGUGCUGCAAACGUUUGACAGAUGGGCUCUUAAGAAAUCUGUAAAUCUUGGGAAUAAACCAGAGAUACAGUGGUACCUUGGGUUACAUAUGCUUCAGGUUACAGACUCCGCUAACCCAGAAAUAGUACCUUGGGUUAAGAACUUUGCUUCAGGAUGAGAACAGAAAUUGUGCUCUGGCGGCGCAACAGCAGCAGGAGGCCCCAUUAGCUAAAGUGGUGCUUCAGGUUAAGUACAGUUUCAGGUUAAGAAUGGACCUCCGGAACGAAUUAAGUACUUAAUCCGAGGUACCACUGUAUAUGAUCAUUAUCAGAAGUAGCCAUUUCUUCAUGUAUAGACAAGACCUUUUGUUGCAUAUACUGUUAGCUUUGGAAAUCAUUUCACCAUUAAGGAACUUUUUUUUAAAAAAAAUCCCUGUGUCUUUAAUUAUGUGGCUGUACUAUAAUCAUACAUGUUAUCCUUUUUUGUGAUGUCACAAUCUGAUAAUGUGUACUAAUACAUGACAAUGCUGUUUUUUACCUUUUCCUUUUAGAUUGUCUAUAAUCUCUUAUCCAUAGCCUAUAAUUCCCGGAUUCGUGUGAAAACAUAUACUGACGAAUUGACACCCAUUGAAUCAGCAGUCCCAGUGCACCAAGCAGCAAACUGGUAUGAAAGAGAGGUAAGCUGCAAGGUGGUUGACAUUUGGGAAGAGGGGACAGAUCUGGUAUGUUUUCUUGGAAGAAGAGAGAGCCCACUGUUUAAUUUGAGUUGAACACAGUCACUGUGGCCCAGGUUGCCCUAAAGGGCGUGGUGCUGCUCACAGUUUUCUGUGUGCAUUCCUUUUCUGCAAACAUCACAUUCUGUCCCUUUUGGCUCAAUGGCCCUUUAGGUGUUGAUCAGUGAUCACUCCUUCCCAAUGACAUGAUCUCAAUUCUAUAGGCCUUAAGGUCCUGGAUAACUUCUGUUUGGCAUUAUUUGGAGAGUGUUUGUUGCUAUUUCUGGACAAUUGAAACCACUUAGAUGUUUUAUUACAACCAAGCAGCAUAUAAAUGAGGUAAAAUAGUAGAGUUCAAGCAAGUGAUUGAUGUAUUUUUAAAUCUUCAGCAUUUAUACAAUUGAAUCUCACUUGCUGCCUUGCCUAUGAGGUGUCUCAGCCAGCUAGCAAUGAGUGCCUGAUGCUUUGUAUUUGUGAGGUAAUAAAACUGUUCGGUCCAAGCUAGGUUUCAAAACUGCUAUACUUUGUAAAAGGAAGAAACUUUGGAAGAAUGAUUUGAAGUUUACUACAUGCUACAUACUGAAAACGAUCCAUAGAUGGUAUCUUACUCUGUGUAGAUUGGCUAAAAUGUAGAAUUGGAUUUGUGUUGGAAAUUGUAAAGAAGUAGAAGGAACUUUAUUUCAUAUGUGGUGCACAUGAAAAAAUGUAAAAGAAUAUUGGGAAAUGAUAUAUAAUGAGAUAAAAAAAAUGUUCAAAACAACAUUCCAAAAAACAACAACACCAGAGGCGUUCUUGUCAGGAAUUAUUCAGACAGAGGUUCCUAGGAGUCAGAAAAAUUUAUUCAUUUAUGCAACAACAGUGGCUUGGAUCUUGCUAGCCCAAAAAUGGAAAGUGAGGGAUGUCCCCAGCAAGGAGGAUUGGCAACUUAAGAUGUUAGAAUAUGCAGAGUUAGCGGGUCUAACAAGUAGAAUAAAAAGAACAGGUAUUCAAGGAGGAGUUGAAAAAUUUUGUCAGGUAUAUUGGAAAUAAUUGUGAACAAUUGAAAACGCUGGCAGUAUUAAAGUAAAUUCAACAGUAUAAUAAAUAUUGAAGUGAUGUAAGAUAGGAAAAUAGAAUUAGAUGGAUAUAUCAAAAUAUGGAGGAAUGGUGGGAAAGUUAAAUGAACCUUGGAAGGGGAGGGAAGUCAAUAAAUGUAUGGUAUAAUAAAAUAUGUUUAAUUUGUAAUGUAAAAUUUGUGUGUGUGUGUGUGUGACCAAAAUUGAUAUACCUUGCCGUUUCUUUACUUGAUUCCCAUAUUCAUAGGUUUGGGAUAUGUAUGGAGUGUUCUUUGCUAACCACCCUGAUCUGAGGCGAAUCCUCACAGACUACGGGUUUGAGGGUCAUCCCUUCCGGAAGGACUUCCCUCUUUCUGGAUAUGUGGAGGUAUGAGCAUUUGGAAAAGCUAUACUCAGCUGCAGAAUCCUUCCAGGGACCCAGAAUGGCAUAGUGGUUCAAGUGUUGGACUAGGACCUGGAAGAGAGAGAGCAUGGUUCAAAGCAGCCUGGAAGCUCAAGGAGGUCCUAUAGGCCAGUCAGCAGCUUUCAGCCUAAUUCUCCUCACAGGGUUGUGGCAAGGAUAAAAUAAGGAAGGGGAGAAGCAUGUAUGAGCUCUGUGGCUGAAAGGUGGGAUAUAAAUGUAAUAUUAAAUAAACAUCAAACCCUAUAACAUUGAUGUCUUAUUCUGCUGUACAGGCAACAGAGAAUGCAAGAAAAGGGAAAGGAAGCUCACCUGUUUGUCCAUAUCUUCUCUUUGAUAUUUGUUCAUUCGCCUCCUUAGGGCAAUGGUUCUUCUGUUGCAUGUUGUACUCUUGGUCUGUGAGUUCCUAUUUUGCAUGGAUGAAGUCAUGUCCUGGACAUGGGAGGAACUUCAUUCUCAGAAGGGACAUUGAAUCUGCUGGCAGUGCUUUUGAUUGUGGCGGGUGGGUGGGUUAACCCUUUCCUGCCUGGUCUUCUGUCCUGUGACCAAAAGUCCAUGCAUUAAGCACUCUUCGAGACAUGCCUUUGAUUAAGUGCCUUUGAUGCUACAUAAUAUAAUGUCCUGAGAAUCCUACACUUUAUGACUUCUGGGCCCACAAACCAAAAGGCUGUACUUCCACUUGAGAAGCUUUAGCACAGGCAUAGGCAAACUCGGCCCUCCAGAUGUUUUGGGACUACAACUCCCAUCAUCCCUGACCACUGGUCCUGUUAGUUAGGCAUGAUGGGAGUUGUAGAUUUGGAGAUACUGCUUUUAUCGUCUAACUGGAAAAUUUAACUAACUGGAAAAUUUACUGUUGAUCUAAGCAACCUACAAACGAGGAGGAAGCUUAAUUCUAAAAUUCCAGGUAUGUUUUUAUAGUUGACCGCCAUCACCAUUGCUCAUCUUCAUGCCUUUUCUCCUCCUUCAGGUCAGGUAUGAUGAUGAGGUGAAGCGAGUGGUGGCAGAGCCUGUGGAGCUGUCUCAGGAGUUCCGCAAAUUUGAUCUGAACAGUCCCUGGGAGACUUUCCCUGCCUAUCGCGAGGCUCCGCAAACCAUCAAGAUAGAGGCGGGAGAGAAGAAAGGAGAUGAGAAAUAGCAGCAGGAAGGAAGGAGAGGAAGUCAGAGACAUCCCUGUGUCACCAUCUUCCUGUUUGAUCUAAGUAUUUAUAUAUAUUAAAUAUCAAUAAAAAAAACUUGACAUAA